CUGAUGCUGUUAUUCUCAGCUCAUCUAGCUGAAUGUGUGCCAGAGAAGCCAAAGAGAUCAGCUCUGAACCAGCUGACCAGGACCCUCCUCAGGAAGUACGACUGUGGAGUUCGACCUGUUCACAACUGGACCAGUCUCACCAAGGUCUACAUAGACCUCAUACUACAGUCUGUCCUGGAUGUGGAUGGAAAGACCCAGAGCAUAACUACGAGUAUUUGGUACAGGCAGAUCUGGACAGAUGAGUUCCUGGUUUGGGACCCAGAAGAGUUUGACGGAAUUAACGAGAUCUCACUGUCGUCUGACGCCAUCUGGAUACCUGAUGUUAUCGUGAGCGAAUUCGUGGAUGAGGGGAAGUCCGCACCGAUCCCCUACGUGUACGUCAACUCCUCUGGCUCCGUGAAGAACUACCGGCCCAUGCAGGUGGUGGUGGCCUGCAGCCUGGAGAUGUACGCCUUUCCAUUUGACAAACAGAACUGCAGCCUUACUUUCCGCAGCUGGCUUCACUCAGUGAAGGAAAUAGACCUGGCUCUGUGGAGGAGCGCGGAGGCCAUUGCUAAUGACAAGAGGGAGUUCAUGAAUGAUGGAGAAUGGGAACUGUUGUCCAUUCCUUCCCGCUACUGGCAAAUCCACCAAGACAACAUCAAAUAUGCCCACAUCCAGUUCAAUGUGUUGAUCCGCCGGCGCCCCCUGCUGUACGUAGUGGGACUCCUCAUCCCCAGCAUCUUCCUCAUGCUGGUAGAUGUGAUCAGCUUCUACCUGCCCUUGAACAGCGGUACACGCAUCGGCUUUAAGAUCAGCAUACUGCUGGGAUACACCGUCUUCAGAGUCAACAUGACAGAUGAACUGCCUUCCUCUGCAGUCAGCACUCCACUCAUAGGUGUGUUCUUCGCAGUGUGCAUGGCCAUGCUGAUGCUCAGCCUGAUCAAGUCUAUACUGGUGGUGAAGCUGCUCUGCCACAGUGAGAAAGAGGUCAAGCAAAUGUCAAUAUCUGCCUGCCUGCUGGACAAGUAUGGCUCCGCUGGUCACAACUUCAGCGAGAGCGCCUUGACCUCCAUCAAAACCCUGGACUGCAUCAACCCAUCCGGAGAUUAUGAACUGGAGCCCUCUCUGGAGGAGGAUCUGCUGUCCCUGAAUGAGAUCCAGGAGGCUCCCUCUGGGCUGGAGUGGCUUCUCCAGGAGCUGGCCUUCCUACGCCUGGCUUUAUCCCAGGAUGACACUGAGUCUUCAGCUCAGGAUGAAUGGCUGGCCCUCUGCUCUAAGCUCGACAUCUUCUUGUUCCGCUUCUACCUGUUUGUUCUGGUCUUGUAUGCCGGUACUCUGCUGUCGCUCUGGGCCAGAUGGAGCUUUGCCUGACCACACAAUUAGAGUCAUAAUGAUUUUUCCAAUAUUGUGAGUGAAAGCUUUUCCCUCUUGUGGUAUUUAACAUAUUUACAUAUGCAUACUGCAUAGAAAUUGGAUAUAAAUAUAUGUAUAGGGAUUGACCGAUCAGGGCUGAAACAGACAAAUAGUAAUCAAGGAAACUGAUAGUCGAUAUUUGGAAGCUAUGUACAUUUGCAGUAAAAUAAAAAUCUUUGUGUCAAAAUUUAGAAUAACCAGUGAUGGGAUAUAACAGACUGCAAUUUACCAAGCUGCUGUGCUGUAUGUUUCUGUGACUUUAUGCUCAGGAUAGUCCUGCAUGAUUAUUAUCUUUUUGUCUGUAGUCACCACACAGUGGUCUCACUUAAUGUACUGCCCACUACUCUAUGUGUCACAAAUAAUAGCCUAUCAAUGCUAAAUUGCAAAUCAGACACAAAAAUCACAGAAAAUGAUAAUCAGGAAACUGCUCAAUAUCGGCCCCAAUAAUCAGUCUCGCUCAUACUAAUGUAUGUAUACUGUAUACUGAGCUUCAAAAAGUGGUCAUAUUUUUUUCCCAAAAAGUCAAAAUUAAAUAGAAUAGAAUACAGGAUUUUUAUAUUGUGUGCUGGUGUGUUAACCAAAGCUUUUAAAGAUAUCAUCACAAAUUUCUCCUUAAGCAUGAACUUUUGCUUACAUUGUAUCAGUCAUUAUAUCACAAAAGUCAAUGGUGCGAUCAGAUGAAUCACUGAAGCUUCAGUAUUAUCUUGCUAAGCUCAUCUUUAUGUAUAUCUCUGUAUCUUAUCUCUUAGUUUAUCGAAUCAAUAAGUUGGAUGAGUUGUUUAUAACCGACACAAAUGAUUGCCAAAACUGCAAAAAUGAAAUCUGAGUCGUCUGAAUCGAGACUUUUCCUUUAAAUGUUCUGUUCUCAUAACCUCGAUACACUGCACCGCCACUGUACAAGGCAACAUCCUAGUCUGUUUGACUGAGACGUCGUUGCAUCGGGUCUAUAAUGUUUUCCCGACAGUGAAGAUUUACUCAGAGAUGUUGUAUAAUAAAGCAGCUCUCUGGAGAAAAUCCUCAGUGCCAGCCUGAUGUUAUGAUAUUGUAUUCAUACUUUAAUCUCCGUCCCACUGCCACAAAAUAGAUCAAUAAAACCCACUCACAGCUCAGCUGCAGUGUCUCCAUUCCCUGUUGGCUUCCUAAUAGUCGUGAUAAGAAUAUCAAAAGUGCGUCAUAGAAAACUUGCUAGCGGAAAGAUCCAUAUUAAUGCAAUUUUCACACUAUCUGCAAACCUCUUCUUCCACUGGAUCUGGUUACAUGGUGUUCUGCCACAGAGCCAAAGAUAAAUGUUUAGUCAGUGCUUUGAUACUGUCUGUGUGAGGUAGUUAAUGGUCGUAUGUUCUGUUCAAGCUUUUUGUUUUCCGAUUGUUGUACAACAUACAUUAUAUAUCAAGAUCGUGUUCUGUUCUCUUGGAGUAAAACAAAUGUCUAUAAAUUGUACUGUGAAGAUAAUAUAUUAUAAAAGUGAA